UUAACUGCAACUGUAACUUUACGUUUAAUGAAAACGAAAAGUAGUUUAAUUUUACUGUUUUGAAAUAAAAUAUAGGAAUAAAAAGUUAUUUAAUUUGUAUUUAUACUGUGUUCCGUUGUGGUGCACGUUGUUGAUAAAUCUAAACAACCUGAUAGUUGUAAAAUAGACUAUGUGGAUGUUUCAUUAUUCCACUUUUUUAGUUAAUUGAAUUGAGAUAACUGAAUGAAAUUUUAUAAAAUUAUUUUUCUCUGUGGUAUUGGCGUUUAAAGUUUCGCCAAUUUUCAGAAAUGUCUGUAUCUGUCAAUCAGAUUUUAAAUGAUGCGAAACGCCUUGUUAGUCGUUUGCGGGAGCAUGAUUCUACUGCUGAUGCAAUAAUUUGUCAGACUCAAACUUUGUAUAAGAAUGUUGAAGCUAUGAAAGAGUACAAUGAAGAUGUAAAUGAGCAGAAUGUGACAAAUCAAAUAAAGAGUCGUCCAAUACAUAUGUUUACUGCUCAGCAAGAGAACAAACAUAUACGUGAUCUUCUGCAAGAAAAUAGGGAAUUGAAAGAUAUGCUUGAAGAGCAGCAAUCAACGAUGGAAUUAAUCAUGAGAAAAUAUAGGCAGCAAACAACCCAAUUAAUCAAUUCUACUUCAGUUAAAAACAACAGUUAUGACAGUAGUGGUCAGGAAUUACAGAAAUUGGCUGACAGUAUUUGUGAAAUAGCAGAUGUAAUGAAGCAGUCUGUAAAACUAGAUGAUAUUGGAUAUAUAAAUGAACAAGAAAAAUUAACCGAACUUAUAACUGAAAAUAAAGGUUUACGUGAGCUCCUAGAUAUCAGCAAAACUUAUGGAUCCCUAUCAGUACCACUAAAUUCUCCUGAAAUGGCAGAUAAAGAAAUUCAAACUGAAUCUUAGUACACAUAUUACUUUUCCUUUUAGUGAACAUGAGCUAUUAUUAAUUGUCAUUUUGUGGUUGUGAUUCAAAAUUCUUUCAGAUUUCCAUGUACUGAAAAUGAUGUAUACAACUGAAAUAUUUUUUUGAGUUUAAGCACUCAUUUUGAAGUACAGUAACUUAGUUUCACUAUACUUUCUGUUUGAUUUAUCAGUGACAAAUUAAUGUUUUGUGUAAACUAGACUGAAUUGAGGAAUUGCUAUUAUUUUCCAAGGUUUAUUAACAAAUUAAAAGUUUGAAAAAUCGUAGAUCUUCAAAUAAUCUAUUCUUUUAAGAAAUACAUUGUGCAAUUCUAAUAAUUUUUUAAAUACCUUUGCCACUAUUUUUUGUGGUUGUAUUUUCUACUCAUAAAAUAUGGAAUUCAACGAAAGUGUCUAUUUUCUUAAUAGAUGUCUAACUCUAAUACUGUCCUUUUUGUCUGGUAGGUUUAGUGUAGAAAUAAAUACAAAUAUUAUUAAUCUCUAUUUUUAAGAAGAAGCAUAACCUUUUAAAAAUAUGAUAUUAAAUAUUGGAGAUUUUGAAUUGCAAAGUUUAAGAUUCUGUAAUAUUUUAAGUAAUUAGUUUAUAAGGAAGGAAUCUUUUGUUGAAAAAAUUUGUAUUUAGUCAUGGUAUUUGGCAAAAUUUGUAUUUGGUUUAUAUAGAUUCUUCAGAGUCAGAGCUUCUCAUCCUUCAUUAACAAUUAAGGAAAAUAAAUAAAAGAUUUCAUUAAUAAUUAAAAUGCUAAUAGUUAUUUGUUUAAAUUUAAAAUCAAGAUAGAUGUAAUUUUUUAAAAUUAUUUCUGUGUUUUACUAUAAAUUUUGAAGAAUCCACUGUAAAAGUUGGGGAUAUUGUGGUAAUCAGAAGUUUCACAGUUUUAAGAAGCUCUGUUCUGAAUAAUGCAUAAUAGUAGUUUCAAUCUUUUAUAAUUCCACCUUAACGGUUUUUUUCUUAUAAGAUUACUGUUGAUGGUAUGCUUUUUAGAUUUUUUAUUCUUUCUAAUAAAGUAAUUAAUAUGCAUGAAUACUGUGUUUAUUAAUGCAGGAAAAAGAUUUACUUUGAGAUAGAUUUGUCAAGUUUUGAUUUUUCAAGGAGUGAGUGCCUUUGAAAAUUGUAUUUCUUUCAAUAUGAUUGAGAAACAUUGUUCAGUAAAUUUUCUUUCAAAACAAAUAUGCAAUUAAGAAACUACAGAAAACAAUGUAAUCAAAAUUAAAAAGAAAAAUAAUAUUCAUUUUGAAUUUUCUUUUCUAAAUUCUAAAAUAGUUAUUUGCUUAUUAAUUUGUCUAUUUGUAAAAUAUACAAAGAGUUGAAAGAUUUAGUAUAAUUUAGGUUUGAUAAAAUUUCAAAAAUUAAAAAUAUUUACUAUAGUAUAUGCUGAAUCAUUUAUAUUUACUAGUGAUAUAAAUUUAUUUUUAGAAGAGAUGAGAGGUGAAGUUAGAAAAAUAUGCAUCAGUUUAUAAAAUAUAGAAUUUUUCUCUAAUAAUCUAACUAAUUUUUUCCUUUAGUUUUUUUUAAAUACAGACUUACAGAAACGAACCUUAAGUAUACAUAAUUGUAUAUUUAAGGAUAUAAAUGUUCUAAGUAUAUAAUUAAGGAAUAAUAAAUUUAUGAAUAUAUAUUUUUUUAAUAUCGAAGCUUAAUAUUAUGAUACACAUAAUUGAAUUUAAGCACCUUGUGGGCUAAACUAUGACUAGUUUUGUAAAGAAAAGUAAAAUUGAACAGAAAAUUAUAUGAUGAAGAAUUAUUUUAAAAAAAUUUUCUUUUGAUUUUUUUUUAAUGAAUUUUAUAUCCUUAGUUAAAUAUUUUUACUAUGUUCUUGGUAGAAUGUUUAAAGAUCUUACUAUGCACUUGUUGAUAUCUUAGUUGAAAUGAAUCUUAACCUAUUAAUCGGGUAAUCAACUUAUAUUCUACUCUUUUUGAAAUGAAAUAUUUUGUCAUACCAGUUAUCAGGUGAAUUAUCUUCAUUGAUUAUUACUUUACUAAUAAGAAUGUUUUUCAUAGCAUAUUUUGUUAUUGUUUCUAAUUCCAAAAUGGUUUUUAUACAGGAGUAGUAUGUAAUUGAACACCUUUAUAUUCUAGAUAAUAUAGAACAAAAAUUGCAAAAUAUUAUGAACACUAUGGAUAUAUUUUCCUCUGUGCCUUCUUUACUUGCAAGCAAAUAUACUAGAAAAUUAAAGAAAGACAUUUGAAAAUAUUUAUCAGGGCUAAUUCCUGGUUGUCAGAUCUGAUUCAGAUUUGUAUUUCGGGGAAUAAAGAGGUUGGACUAAUAAUAAGUGAUAUAAUAAUAUAUAUGUAUCAUAGAUUGUAGAAUAAUGUAUAUAAUAAAUUAAAUGGUGUGUUACAUGUAUUAUAAGUAUUUUGUGUUUUGAAAUAAAUAUA